CUGGGGUGGGGUCCAGGUGCAGCCGGGCUGUGAGGGGGCGGCGGAGGCGGGAAGGCCUCGGUCCCUGCCCCCGGCCCGGUUCUCACGGCCCUUCUCCGCAGAGGCCGCGGCGGGAGCGGCGCCGCCAUGGGGGAGCUGUUCCGCAGCGAGGAGAUGACCCUGGCCCAGCUCUUUCUGCAGUCCGAGGCCGCGUACUGCUGUGUCAGCGAGCUGGGCGAGCUGGGCAAGGUCCAGUUCCGCGACCUGAACCCCGACGUGAACGUAUUCCACCGUAAAUUCGUCAAUGAAGUCCGGAGGUGCGAGGAGAUGGACCGAAAGCUCCGGUUUGUGGAGAAGGAGAUUAAAAAGGCAAAUAUUCCUAUCAUGGACACCGGCGAAAAUCCAGAGGUGCCUUUUCCACGUGACAUGAUUGACCUGGAGGCAAACUUUGAGAAAAUUGAAAAUGAGCUUAAAGAAAUCAACACCAACCAGGAGGCUCUGAAGAGAAACUUCUUGGAGCUGACAGAAUUAAAAUUUAUACUGCGUAAAACUCAGCAGUUUUUUGAUGAGGCUGAAUUGCAUCAUCAGCAGAUGGCGGAUCCAGACCUGUUGGAGGAAUCCUCUUCACUGCUGGAGCCGAGCGAGAUGGGAAGGGGUGCCCCGCUCCGACUCGGGUUCGUGGCUGGCGUGAUCAACCGCGAGCGCAUCCCCACGUUCGAGCGGAUGCUGUGGCGCGUGUGCCGCGGGAACGUGUUCCUGCGCCAGGCCGAGAUCGAGAACCCGCUCGAGGACCCCGUCACGGGGGAUUAUGUGCACAAGUCUGUAUUUAUCAUCUUCUUCCAAGGUGACCAGCUGAAGAAUAGAGUCAAGAAGAUCUGUGAAGGGUUCCGGGCCUCCCUCUACCCAUGCCCAGAAACACCUCAGGAGCGGAAGGAAAUGGCUUCUGGUGUCAAUACUAGAAUUGAUGAUCUUCAGAUGGUGCUGAACCAAACUGAGGAUCAUCGCCAGAGGGUUUUGCAGGCAGCUGCUAAAAACAUCCGUGUGUGGUUCAUCAAAGUGAGGAAGAUGAAGGCGAUUUACCACACCCUGAACCUGUGCAACAUCGAUGUGACACAGAAGUGCUUGAUUGCUGAAGUGUGGUGUCCUGUUGCUGACCUCGAUUCCAUCCAGUUUGCUCUCAGGAGAGGCACUGAGCACAGCGGAUCCACUGUCCCAUCUAUUUUAAACAGGAUGCAAACCAAUCAGACCCCACCCACAUACAACAAAACUAACAAGUUUACUUCUGGCUUUCAAAACAUUGUUGAUGCUUAUGGCAUUGGGACAUAUCGGGAAAUAAAUCCAGCACCCUAUACCAUCAUCACCUUCCCAUUCCUGUUUGCUGUGAUGUUUGGGGAUUUUGGCCAUGGAAUCCUGAUGACUCUGAUUGCUGUCUGGAUGGUGGUGAGGGAAAGCAGGAUUCUGUCCCAGAAGAGUGACAAUGAGAUGUUCAACAUGGUGUUCAGUGGUCGAUACAUCAUCCUGCUGAUGGGGCUGUUCUCCACCUACACGGGCCUCAUCUACAACGACUGCUUCUCCAAGUCCCUCAACAUGUUCGGUUCCUCCUGGAGCGUCCGGCCAAUGUUCAAUAAAGCCAACUGGUCAGAUGCUUUGCUGGAGACCACCCCCUUGCUGCAGCUGGAUCCUGCUGUCCCAGGGGUGUUUGGUGGGCCCUACCCCUUUGGCAUUGACCCAAUCUGGAAUAUUGCCAGCAAUAAGCUGGCUUUCCUCAAUUCCUUUAAGAUGAAGAUGUCUGUGAUUCUUGGCAUUUUCCAGAUGCUCUUUGGUGUCGCGUUGAGUCUCCUCAACCACAUCUAUUUUAAGAAGCCACUGAACAUAUACCUUGGAUUUAUCCCAGAAAUGAUUUUCAUGUCCUCCCUCUUUGGAUACCUUGUUAUUCUCAUCUUCUACAAGUGGACAGCCUAUGAUGCUCACACAUCCAAGGAAGCACCGAGCCUCUUAAUACACUUUAUCAACAUGUUUCUGUUCUCCUAUGAGGACACCAGUAAUAAGAUGCUUUAUAGUGGGCAGAAAGGGCUCCAGUGUUUCCUCGUGGUGGUAGCCUUGCUGUGUGUGCCAUGGAUGCUGGUAGCCAAACCCCUGGUCCUUCGCCAGCAGUAUUUAAGGAGAAAACACUUGGGCACGCACAACUUUGGUGGGAUCCGGGUGGGCAAUGGCCCAACGGAGGAGGAUGCUGAGAUCAUUCAACAUGACCAGUUAUCUACCCAUUCUGAGGAGGGGGAAGAGAGCUCUCGGAGGUGCUCUGGACCAUGGUGAUCCACAUCGGCCUCAGCGUCAGGAGCCUGGGGGGAGGCUUGGGCCUCUUCUUCAUCUUUGCUGCUUUUGCCACGCUGACAGUGGCCAUUCUGCUGGUCAUGGAGGGGCUCUCAGCCUUCCUCCAUGCUCUGCGCUUGCACUGGUGAGUUACUGGGACAUCCAGAAACUUGGAGACCUCUUCAUAACAAGAAAAUUGAUGUCACCUGGACUGUGCAGAAUUGCCAUCUUCUAGAAAGCAGAAAGUCUUAAAAAGGGUCAGAUAUUUCAAUCCUGUUUUUUGGGGAUUUCAGUCCUCAAUUGUUUAAAGUUGUGGAGCUCUGCUUAGAAAUAAGCACUAAAAGACUAAAGCUUUAGGGCCAAAGCUUUGAGAUCAGGGACUGGGGAGGCUGUGCUGGCUGGAGCUUUGUGGCUUUCAGCAGGACUUUCUCGUUCCAUCUCUAGGUCUUUUCUCUGGUUCUUGUGUUUGUUGUCCUUUGUGUCCAAUAGCUGCUGACUGUUCUUGUUCAUUGCUAUAAAACCUUGCCUUGGACAGGAGCAGCUUUGCCUUCUGCCCUUGGGGUACUUUGGGGUGGCAGCGAGAUUUAGCUGGUCUUGCUUUGGGAAGUUGAGUUUGCGCCCCUUUCCUGUGAUCAUUAAGCUCCUGUGUAUGCAGCCAGCAAAGCAGAAGGAAUUACUCUGCUCCCAAGUAUGGAAAAUAUUCGAGAGCUUUCUCUAAUCCAUGUGUAAGAGCCCUCAUUGUUCCACUUCAGAUUCCCUCGUUAGUGCACUGGUGGGAUCAGAGGAGCAACUGGGCGUAGGAUUUUCUCAUGUAGGAAAUGUCAGAGAGUUUGUGCCUCUGGGGUUCAGGCUGCUGUCACCUCCUCAGGCUGCUGAUUUCCUGGGGGGGAGGGGGGUAGCAAAGGGAAGUCUCUGAAGAUCACAAGAAAUACUCUGUCUUGCUUAAAUGGGAAGAAAAGGUUGGGAACACUCUCUGAAAGUAGUUCUGUAAGUGCAAAAGGAAGCAAAUGCCUCUGGAAAAAAAAAAAAAAGGCAAAAAAAAAAUCAGCUUUUUGCACUUUUCCCUUGCUUGUGGGGAAGGAAAGCUUUGGCCUUUUGCCCUCUCCCUUGGUAGCUAGCGAGGUGCAGGCUGGGGGGUGCAGAUUGGAGUGUCCUGGCUCCUGGAGGUGCAGGCUGGAGGGUCCUGGUCCACCUGGUCCUGUGUCUCUGUAGCCAAGUGAGCCAAGCUGAUCCUGGGGCGAAGCCAUCUUGUGCUGAGGGAGCUGGGGGGGCACUCCUGGAAAUGGCUGCUGGAUGGUGCCUCUGUUUUUCCUGGCAUCCAGCCUGAACCCUGCAUAGCAGUCACUGGAGAGCUCCUUGCUGACUGGCCAGAGGUCCCUCAUCCUCUCCCUGCUGUCACUGUGCUGGGCCACCAUAGCAGUGACAGCAGGAGCCCCAUGGACCCUGCUGGGCACUGAGAGCAGUCCAAGAGGAGGAGAGUGCAGCAGUGCUGUAACUCCAGAUGUGGUGGGCUUGCUCUGCAAUUCCUUGAGGAUUAAAGGAUUUCCAGGGCUGUGGCCUCUCUGGGCUGUGGAGCAGCAUGGCCAUUUCUAAGCAGCAGCAGGGGAACAGCUCUGAGCAGCUGCUCUAGACAGGCUCUAUGGAGCAGAAAACACAUUUUUAGAGAGGUACCUGUCUUGUGUUAAUCACAAACUGCACCUCCAGAUGCGGCUCAGACACCUGGAACAGCUGUGAGCUGGAGGUAAUGGUUUGCAUUGCAAGGCUUUCCCUAAAGGGCCAUUAAGAAAACAUCUGUGUAUGUGCUAGUGAAAAGGCAAACAGGCAAACUCAGAGGCAGCAGCAGUGAGAGCACAGAGCACUCUGCCCAUGCAGACCAGUGCAGGGCAGCUGUGGAACUGGAGUGCUUAACAAAGUCCUGUUUUCCUUAAACAUGUGUUUCAAACCUGCGAACCUUUCAUGCACAGAAUCUGAGAGAAAAUCUGUUCAGGUUCAGAGCCCGAAAAGCAAGUUUAAGGUUCUGUUUCAGACGGCAAGUGAUCUGCUGAAAUGAUUUUGAAGUUGCUGGGUGUUGGUUUUCACAGGGAGGCACCUGCAGUAGGUCCAAAGAGCACACUGUUCACAUUCCUUUUUGCUCCUGAACUGAAAACAAGGAGUUCCAAUGGCAGGUGUUCCCUUUUUAGGAAGAGGAAGGGAGAGUGGAGGUCAAAUACAGCUGUCCUGGGAGGAGCAGAUGGGAUUUUUUGGCUAUGGGAGAGCCGUCACCUAUCAGGAAUUUGAGGUGUGGGUGGUUCAGCCUUCCUGGAAAGGAGGAGAAAUUGAGCAUGUGUUUUACUGGUCAGGGAAUUCACAGGUUGUUCCAUAUGCUGUGCCUGGCAGUCCCGAGUGAGGGAGGUUUAUUUUGUGCUUUUUCAGUGUGCAUUCUUUAAGCAGGUUGGGCUUUUCAGGCCAUUCUGGUGUGGAGGCAGCCCUCUGGAUUGCUGCCAGGAUUGCAGGGUGUGAAUUUGGGCUCUACUGCAGCUCAGUAUGUGUCUGAGCUGUUGUGCUGUCAGCUUCUUUUGCUGUAACUCUUCUGAAAUAUAUCACUCUUCUGAAAUAUUUAAUCUUUCCAUUUAUUGCUUUUCAGUGAUGUAGUUUGACAUGAACAUUCAAAUUAAGGCAGCUUCCCCCUUUUUAAGCUAGUCACCUCUUCUAACGUGAGCCAGAACAGACUGUGCCCAAAAGAAAAAGUUUGUAACUAUUUAGGGUGCUGCUUCUGGAGGAGUGGGUGUGUUGGAGCUGCAUCCCGCUCUCAAUCCAGUGAGUGGGAGUGGUGAAGUCCAGGUGCUCACCCACCUGCCAGGAUUUGAUUUUCCUUUGUGAAUGUCAUGAGCCAGGACUUACCUGCAGUGUGGCUGCAGGAGCCACUGCUCCAAGGGGCAGCCCCAGCCUCCUGUCAGGCAGGAUGGAAUAUCCCAGAGACAGAUACGGUACCUCUGCUCUUUUUGGGAAGGAGUAACUGCAACAGUCUCUGUGCAGACACCCCAGUGGGUUCUGUCAGUCGGGUGUGCCACCCUUGAGCUGUGCCUGGUUUACAUCUGACCCAGGCUCUGGCACUUUUAGGGACACAAACAUAGAGUGGGAAUUUGCAGUUGUACUGAGUGACAAUCGGGGUUCCUGUUGCACUUUUGCUUCCUACUCAGGGACUGGAGCUGCCUGGUUUUCCAGUGUCAGUACCCUGACUCUGUGGGGUUGGAAAACCCAGAGAACAAGAGUCUGACAAAUGCUGACACUAUUAAUGCAAAAAGCUGCAGAGUGGGUCUCCUGUAUUGCUGCUGCUGCCAGAGGACUCCUGGGCUAUUUGCUGAUAAUGCCACUCUGUAUAAAUUCUCUGCAGAACUUGGUCACUGAUGUGAGACACAUGGAGGGUUUAGCAGUAAACUGGGACACGUAACAGGCAGUGAGCCUGGCAACAACAGUGCUUUCUGCUGGGUCCUGGGUGUUCCUGGAGACACCUGCAGAACACCCCACUGACCGUUUACACUGAUUAUUUGGUUAAAUACACUUUUCUGGCUAGUUCUCUAACCUUAGAGCAGCCUCUCUUCCAAUGUCAGGCCUCCAGUUGUAACAGUUGUAAUGUCCAAAAGGAGGGUUUGGAUCCUGAGGCCUGCUGGAAUUGUGAAUCAUCAGGGUUAACAUGUCAGUCACAGUGAGCUUGGGUGACUCACAUACCCAGCCCUCUGCCUCUCAUUUCCCUUUGCUUACAGAACAGUUACUUAGUCACAGGAUACUUAUGGAGAUUAUCAGGGUUCCUGAAAAACUAGAGCACAUUGGCAAGGAGCCCUUCCUCCCACAUGGAAAAUCCUGCUCAUCCUGGGGAUCCCUUGGCCUGCAAGGCAGCAGAAGAUACAGGCUAAAGCUGGUUUUCCUGAGCAUUUCCCUCCUGGGCUCUGUGGGGAAAUCACUUUUUGCUGGCUGAAUCCAGCAGCUCUGGAGUUUGCCAUGAUUCUCCAUUUGGGAAAAAAUAAUUCAAGUUUUUCUUUUUUUUUGUUGAAAAACCCCCUUCUCGUGAACUGUGUUAAGGGCUCCCCAGUUUGCUGUCACUGCCUGCAGAGACUUUGUUUUCCAGCGGAUUGUGCAGUGGAAAGUGUCUGUGAAGCCUAGCCUUGUUUUUGCUGGGAAUCAGGGGAUUAGUUUUCCCUGUUCUUAUUUGGCUGUUGAUGACUGUUGGGCAGUUCUCUAGAAUAAUGCCUUUUUUUUCUUGAGUUCAUUAGGGGCAGCAGCAAAUGGGGCUGAGCUAACGCUCGGCUGGAGCUGGCGGGCACAUCCCAGUGCAAAUGUGCUGCAGGGAAUAAACAGAAGUGGCUGGUGGGGAGUCUGAGCUCAGUGUCACAUGGCUGAGGCUUGUGCUAAUGAAAAAGGGAACUUUAGCAGCUGGUGUAGAAAAUGCUGUCUCUGCUCCCUGUGCUUCCUGGGACACUGUGGUCAGAGUUGGCUUUCUGCUCCUGUUGCCAUUUUUUCUCUCUGAGGGUGGGAUCGAAGUUUCUGGACAACUCUUUGCUCCACACAGAAGCAUCACAUUAGAUGGGGAGGUUGUGCCAGAAGACACUUUAUGUUGUAAUACCUCUUUUUAAAGCUUUUUACAGUCAGUAAUCCUACUUUUAAUGGAGUUCUUGCUAAUUGUUCUUAUUGAGAGAUGCCUUUUUAAUGAAUAAUCACUCUUCUAUCUC